AUGGCAACUGAUCUGGAGAAACAUCCGGAGCAGAUCCAAACCUCUGUUGGCCGACAUGUUCAUCGUAACGAUGUCGAUACCGCCCUCGAACUGCUACAGAAUAACGCUUCGCAAACCAGACCCCUGGAUUCAGAACAGAACAGACGGCUUCUCCGGCGGAUCGACCUCCAUAUCAUGCCAAUGAUCUGUAUAGUCUAUUGUAAGGUCUUUCUUGCUAAUCGCUGCGACCAAUUGGCUCACGUGCCCUUGUUCNNAGUCUUGCAAUAUCUCGACAAGAUAGCCAUCUCAUAUGCUAGCGUUACCGGCAUCAAGACUUCAGCCAAACUGCACGGUAAUCAAUUCAACUGGAUUGCAAGCAUNUUUUUCUUCGGUCAACUCGCCUUCGAGUUCCCUACUAUCCGCCUGCUCCAACUUUUCCCCCUUGCCAAAUAUGUCGCUGUCAACGUGACCAUCUGGGGUGCGGUCCUGGCGAGUCUCGCUGCUUGCAAGUCCUUCGUCAGUCUCAUGGUCUGCCGUGCCCUACUCGGAGUUGCCGAAGCUGCCAUCGUGCCUGCUUGGGUUGUCUCUACGAGUCAAUACUAUCGAAAGGAGGAGCAAGCAUUUCGUGUUGGUAUCUGGUUUUCGAUGUGUGGGUUCGCUCAAAUGCUAGGCGGCUUCUUCUCUUAUGGUGUUGCCAACCACGUUGGAGGUGACGAGCAUGCCGCUCUUCGAGGCUGGCAGUUCAUUUUUCUGUUUCUUGGCCUACUGACUUCAGUCGUCGGUAUCAUCUUCUGGUUCGUCUUGCCUGAUUCUCCCCUCACGGCAAAGUUCCUUUCCUCUGAGGAAAAGGCUCUACAUGCAGAACGUAUGCGUGAGAACGAGCAAGGCAUUGGGUCUCGCAUUUUCAAGUGGAACCAAUUCUGGGAGGCUAUCCAAGAUGUCAACACUUGGCUCUACGCUUUCUGGAUUUUCGCUGCCAAUAUACCUAACUCAACGGCCACCAGUUUUGGUAACAUUCUUGUCACUGGUAUGGGGUACACCAGGAAAGAGAGCUUGUUACUUGUGACUCCACUCGGUGCCUAUGAGGUUGUUGUCCUGAUUGGUCUCACCUAUUUGGCCGGCAGAACAAAACAAAGACUCUGGUGUUGCAUUGCAGGCCACAUACCUUCGAUCGUUGGUGCGAUUUUGAUGGCUACCACCAACAAAGUGCCUGCUCUGAUAGGCUUUUACCUUACUGGAGGCAUACCAAUAGGUUGGACCACAAUUCUUGCACUCCAAAGCACCAACGUCGCUGGCACAACCAAGAAAGUUACCGUGACGAGUAUCGGUGUCAUUGCCUACACCGUGGGUAACAUCAUCUCACCGCAGACAUUCCAGACCACAGACGCACCAAGAUACNNCCCUGCCAAAAUCAGUAUCUGCAUUCUCUACUUUCUGAUCACGAUCGAUGUGUAUCUGAUCCGAUGGUUCGCCGUUAGAGAGAACAGACGAAGGGAUCGAGAACGAGAGGAGCUAGGCAACAAGUACGUGGUGGAAGAGAAUCACGAAUUCCUCGACCUUACAGAUCGCGAAAACAAAGAGUUCAGAUACGCUGUUUGA